AUGAUGGGUUCAUGUGGCUUUGAUGAUAUCCUGGAGGCUGUACAACUAGCUGUAACUAGUGAGAUGAAUGCUCGACUUCUUUUACAUUUCAAGCGAGAGGAGCUUGAGAAGGCACUGGGGCAAAUGUUUCCCACCAAGUCCUCGAGGAUGGAUGGUAUGCUAGCAUUAUUUAUCAGAAAUAUUGGAGGGUAG